AUGGCCGGACCCAAAUACCAGAACGUGCCCCAGCGCGACUCGCUCGACGAGACUGCGCCAGCGCCCUCAUACUCGCAGGCGCCACCCAGCUACCAGGCCACGGAACCCCAGGAAGCGCUUCUGCGUGGAGUGCCGCGUAGCGAAGAUGAUAACCUGCCAGACGACUUCAAGUUUGGUGGAGUAGUGGCAGAGGCGACGCUGGACAUUCGAAUGGCAUUUAUCCGAAAGGUGUACGCCAUAUUGACUGUCCAACUCCUCGCCACGGCCGCCGUAAGCUUCGUUUCCAUGACAUCGGUGACAUACCGAAACUGGAUUCAAACACACUCGUGGCCGUUGUGGGUGUCGAUGUUUGGCUCCUUUGCCUUCCUCGGACUUACCUAUUGGAAACGCAAAUCAUACCCCACGAACCUGAUGUUCCUCGCCGGUUUUACUGCCAUGGAGGCAUACAUGAUCUCGGUCAUUGUGUCGUUUACCGAGUCCAAGAUUGUGCUGCAGGCCGUGUUCUUUACGCUGGGCAUCUUUGUCGCGCUAAGCCUAUUUGCGUGCCAGUCCAAGUACGACUUCACAAGUUGGGUGCCGUAUCUGUUUGGAGCACUGUGGGUGGUGGUGCUCUUUGGCUUCAUGUCGGCCUUUUUCCCGUACAACUCGACUGUGGACCUGGGCUAUGGCAUCAUCUGCGCGCUAAUCUUUUCGGGGUACAUCCUGGUCGACACGCAAUUAAUUAUGCGCCACUACCAUGUUGAGGAGGAAAUCGCAGCGGCUAUCUCGCUCUACCUGGACAUUAUCAACCUCUUCCUCGCGAUCCUGAGGAUUCUCAACUCGCAGAACCAGAACUAG